AUGGUGCCUGAUCGACUAACUCUACAGAUGAUGGAAAAGAAGCCGACAGAGACUUUUAGGCAAUACGCGCAAAGGUGGAGGGAUAUCUCGGCUCAAGUAAAACCCCCAUUGACUAAAACUGAAAUAACGGUCCUCUUCAUCAACACUUUGAAAGCACCAUUUUAUGAUAAGUUGGUAGGAAGUUCCACGAAAGACUUCGCAGAUAUUGGGCAUUCUACAGAAAAUUGUUUGGCCUUUAAAAGGAGGGUUCAAGGUCUUAUCGAUGCAGGCAUUCUACGAUUUGAUGGUGCAGGCAAUACAGCUGGAAACCCGCUCCCUAACCACACUGAAGGGAACGUGAGCGCGGUGACAAAAGAAGACAAGUGGCGUGCCAGAAGUUUUGUUUCUGAAAUAAAGACACCGCUGCGAAAGAUUUGGGAGGUAAUGGUUGAAAAGGGGCCGUUUUGUCAUCCCAACAGAAUUUUCAAAGAAGGAAACACAAAAAGUCAAUAUUUUUGUGAUUUUCAUGGGAUCGAAUGGCAUGACAUCCAGUCUUGUGAAGGAUUCAGAAAACUACUUCAAGACAUGAUGGACAACAAGGAAGUCGAGAUCCUUAACAAAAAGGAAGAGGCCGAUGAAGGAGAAGUAUGCACUUCUGAAAAUCAAUCAUCAGUUUUCCCUUAUAGUGCCGAUGGACCGUUGAUGAUUUAUUACGAUGCAAAAAAGGAGCAAGUGAAACCAAAGAUGAUAAUUGAAGUACCAUCUCCUUUCUCUUACAAGGACAAUAAGGCAGUACCAUGGAAAUAUGAUGUCAACAUUAUCAUACUUGAAGGUGAAAAAUCCAAAGUCACGAUCGGAAAUGUUGGCGAAGUAGGACACUUCACCCGCAAUGGGAGGUGUUAUUCUAAAAUGGUCAAACCAAUGAAGAAGACUAAUGACUUGAAGCAGAAAGGAAAGACACCGAUGCAUGAGGCCGAGGUUGAACUUGAGAAUCCGUCCGAACAAGAAGUUAAAAGGCCUGUGAAUGAAGAGGAAGCACAUGAAUUUUUGAAGUUCAUCAAGCAUAGUGAAUAUAACAUCGUGGAACAGUUAAACAAACAACCGGCACAAAUCUCGGUAUUAUCCCUACUGUUGAAUUCAGAACCACAUCGGAAUACUUUGCUGAAAGUGUUAAACCAAGCUUACGUGGCAAGCAAUAUAUCUGUCGAAAAACUUGAUAGUGAUGACGAAAUACCCCCAAAUGGUAGGGGCUCCAUAAAAGCAUUACACAUCACAACCCGUUGCAAGGGUUAUAUAAUACCGAAUGUGCUCAUUGACAACGGGUCUGCACUCAAUGUCAUGCCUUUGGCCACGCUUUCUAGAAUUCUGAUUGAUCUGUCUUAUUUAAGGCCUUGUCACUCUACAGUAAGAGCAUUCGAUGGGACGAGACGAGAAGUCACGGGAAAGAUCGAAAUUCUUCUAGAAGUGGGCCCCUACAUAUAUGACAUCGAGUUUCAGGUUAUGGACAUCACGCCUUCGUAUAAUUGCCUUUUAGGAAGGCCUUGGAUCCACUCUGCUGGGGCAGUUCCUUCAUCUCUCCAUCAAAAAGUGAAGUUUAUCAUGGAUGGUCUCUUGGUCACUGUUGUGGGUGAGGAAGACAUUGUCGCAUCUAUCUCUGCUGAUACACCAUACCUUGAAGUAAGUAAGGAUGCAGAAUGUUCCUUCCGUUCCUUUGAAUUCAUCAAUGCUACGUUUGUUGCUGAAGGAAAUAAAACUCCUAUGCCUAAGCUGUCAAGGAAUACCAAGAUGAGAAUUAAGCUGACUGUACGAAAGGGAGCCCGAGCGAGGAAAGGUUUGGAAAGAUAUCAGCAUGGGAUAGUGAGAGCUCUAAAACCAGUGCCUCAUAAGGCUCGAUAUGGUUUAGGGUUCGAAUCGGAUAUACGACAAAGAAGAAAAUAG